CUCAAGUUAAACCCAAUUAUACAAUAUGGCCUCCAAAAGCAACGCCGUCGUAAUAUUUGAUAAUCCCAGCAAGGAGGGCAAGAUAUGGUCACAUCAUGUACUCCGAGUUUUGUUCUCAAUCCAUUAUAAAGGAAUUCUCUAUUCAUUCAAAGGGAUCGAAUAUCCUGAUAUUGUCUCAACAUUUGCGCCGACGAGUCUGGAACCAAAAGAUGAUCCUAUAGAGCCAUACGAGAUACCGGUGCUCCAGUUCCAGACAUCAUCUAGCGCUGUUGGGUACGAAAUGAACGUCCCCAAGAUAAUUCAAGCCCUUGAGGACUUGAAACCUGAACCAUAUCUCCGGUUUGAUACGCCGCGAAGUGUCGAAUAUAGGGCACGUUUUGGACCAGCGUUUGUGCCUAUUAUCCAACUCACCGUUGGACACGUACCUCAAAUCCUGUCAGAGCGCAGUGCCGUGGCAUUUUGCGAGAAGCGGAAGCUACGAUGGGGAAAGUCGGUAGAGCAGUGGAUCGAGGAUCAUCCUAUACAAGAGGGUCUGUCUGUGGCGGAACCUCGACUCAGAGAGCUUGGCGACUGGCUGGAAGCAGUUCCCGGCCCGUUUGUCGAUGGCGACAGCCCUGGCUAUGCUGAUUUCACCAUUGCAAGCUUAUUAGCGUUUGUGAAAGCCGUUGGUUUGUCAGACGUUUUUGAAAGGGUGUUAGGCUUCCAUGCAGCGAUUCGGCGACUGUAUGAUGCUGUUGGUUUGACCCAAGCGGGAAAUAUUUGGUGCCAGUAUCUGUUUGAGGAGAGUAAAUAAGCCACUUAUGCAGGUCUUGGGCUUGCUGGGUACCUUGACAAGGCUGAUAGAAGACGUCGAGCCAAUUCGAUAUCUGAAGACUGAAUAUAAAUGGCAACAGAAAAGAAGGUCAUGCUCACACUAACUCUGUCCUUUCUGAUUGU